CAUCCGCGCCAUGCAGAACUUGCGCAGCGGUAGCGUGCAGCUGCAAAAACAGGACUGAGUGCCUGACACUGAGUGCCGACCUUGCUGCCCUAUAUCUUAGCGAGGGAUACGUAACUUUAUGCAAUCAUACUUGCUUAUUCAACGCCGUUCCAGGUGCAGUUUCAACGGAGUUGUCACCCCGGCCGUGGGCACAGCACCAAGUGUAGGCGCAUAGACAAGUUGACAACAUAAAUACAUCCAACGCAUCACGUACAUUGACUUGGCGUCGGGAGCUUGCACAGCGGAGCCCGGAGCGGCAAGCGGUGGGGAGAUCCUCAACCCGCGAGCACACCCCACACCACCGGAGCUUCCGGCUGCACGCCUGCGUGCCUGCAUCUUAGCCGGGGCUCGGCCGGAACAGAUUCAGCUGGCGAGCCUUGGGGUUUUGUACGGCAGCAGCUGGGACGCCGCGCUCUCCCAGAGAACCCAGAGGCGUCCCUAGAGCAAGGCACAGCCGCGGGGGAAGUGGGACCAGCCGGCUCUGUCACACGGCGGCUGUCAGAGUAAGCGUAGAGUGCGCCCGUAAUCAACAAGCGCCAGCCGCCAUGGCUGACGCGGCGGCGGAGCGCGAGGUCCGCGGCUGGGUGCAAGACAAGCUCCAUGGGCUGCUGGGCUUCGCAGACGCCAACGUGGCAGCAUUCCUGCUGUCCAUGGCGCGGAAGCACACCAGCGCCGACUCAUUGUUCACAGAUCUGAAGCGCUCUGCCGCGUUGCCAAACACGCCGGAGGUGCAGGCCUUCGCGGCGGAGCUGCUGCGGCGCGUGCCUCGCCGCAACGCCGGCGGCCCGGGUGGCGGCGCCGCCGCGGCGCAGAAGCAGGCACGUGACCUCGUGCGCAAGAGUAUGACCUACGGGCUGCUUGAGGGCGAUGAGGAGGAGGAGGAGCAGGAGAAGCAGGAGCCAGCCAAGGCGGCCGGACCCGGGCCAGGGUCCGCAACGGGACCAGGAGCAGGCGGCAGCAAGGGCCCAGGCGGCGCAGCGGGGGCGGGCAAAGGCGGCGACGGCGCCGCCGGCAGGGCUGGCUCGCCGGGGCCAGGCGGUGCCGCGGCAGCAGGCGGUGGCAAGCAGAUCCGCAGCAGCCGGCGGGUGCAGUUCGCGGAGGAGGACGAGCGGGAACGCGAGAGAGAGCGAGACCGGGACAGAGACCGGGAUAGAGACCGGGACCGGGGCGGGAGGUCGGGCCGCGGCGGCAGCGCAGACGAGGAUGACGACGACACAGUGGUGCGGCAGGCGAAGCGCCCCAAGCGCAAGUGGGAGGAAGACGAGGAGCGGGACGCGGAGGAGGAGGACGCAGCCGCGCGGGAGGAGCGGCUCAAGGAGGAGGCUCGCAACCGCGACCAGGCUGAGAAGCAGGAGUUUGAGGAGCGGCUGAGGGCCAAGGACGAGGCCAAGACCAAGAAGCUGGCGGAGGACCGGGCGCGGAGCCGCAUGAGCAAGGAGGACCAGCGGCGGGAGGAGAUGCAGAAGAGGUACGAGGACGAGAACGAGCGGGGCGGGCUGAUGCCCAUGCUGCGCGAGGUGUCGCGGCAGGAGUACCUCCGCAAGCGCGAGGACAAGAAGAUCCAGGAGCUAGAGGACGAGCUGGAGGACGCCAAGUACCUGUUCCAGGGCGUGCAGCUUAGCCAACGCGAGCUGGACGACCUGCGCUACAAGGAGGAGGUGCUGCGGCUGGCCAAGGAGAAGCAGCGACUCAUGAACGCGGCCACUGAGGACGGCUACAAGAUGCCCGACUCGUACGAUGAGCCCACCAAAUACGCGACCCGGUACGAUGUGGCCAAGUUGCGCUACAGCGAGCCGGAGGGGGCGGCGGCGCGCGCCAACCCGCACGCGGAGCAGGAGGCGUGGGAGGCGGAGCAACUGAAGAAGACCCACGUCACCAGGGUGGGCGCCCAGGACGGCGGCGCGGCGGCCCCCCAGUACGACUUUGUGUUCGAGGACACCAUGGACUUCGUCAAGGCUGACAUGCUGGCGGGCAACAUUGAGGACUUGUUCGAGACGCCAGAGGAGCGCAAGAAGAAGGAGGCGGAGGCGCGAGCGAUUGCCGCCAAGUCGGAGCGCGAGCGCAUCCAGGAGGGCCGCCGCCAGCUGCCGGUGCACCCCUACCGCGACGCGCUGCUGGAGGCGGUGGAGGCGCACCAGAUCCUCAUCAUCGUGGCCGAGACGGGGGCGGGCAAGACCACGCAGGUUCCUCAGUACCUGCACGAGGCCGGCUACAGCGCCGCCGGCAAGAUCGGCUGCACGCAGCCGCGCCGUGUGGCGGCCAUGUCCGUGGCGGCGCGUGUGGCGCACGAGAUGGGCGUCAAGCUGGGCAACGAGGUGGGCUACUCCAUCCGCUUCGAGGACUGCACCUCCGACAAGACCAUCCUCAAGUACAUGACGGACGGCAUGCUGCUGCGCGAGUUCCUGUCAGAGCCCGACCUGGCGUCCUACAGCGUGAUGAUGAUUGACGAGGCGCACGAGCGCACGCUGCACACCGACGUGCUGUUCGGCCUGGUCAAGGACAUUGCGCGGUUCAGGCCCGACCUGAAGCUGCUCAUCUCCAGCGCCACACUGGACGCGGAGAAGUUCUCAGAGUACUUUGACUACGCCCCCAUCUUCAAGGUGCCGGGCCGGCGCUAUCCAGUGGACAUCUAUUUCACCAAGGCGCCCGAGGCCGACUACAUAGACGCCUCGGUGCAGGCGGUGAUGCGCAUCCACGUGCUGGAGCCGGAGGGCGACGUGCUGGUGUUCCUCACAGGGCAGGAGGAGAUCGAGGCCGUGGAGGAGCUGUUGCGGCAGCGCAUGCGCGGCAAGGGCACGCAGCUGGCGGAGAUGAUCAUCUGCCCCAUCUACGCCAACCUGCCCUCGGAGCUGCAGGCCAAGAUCUUUGAGCCCACGCCGCCGGGUGCGCGCAAGGUCGUGCUGGCCACAAACAUCGCCGAGACGAGUCUCACCAUCGAUGGCAUCAAGUACGUGGUGGACCCGGGUUUCGCCAAGCAGAACAGCUACAACCCGCGCACGGGCAUGGAGAGCCUGGUGGUCACGCCCGUGUCCAAGGCCAGCGCCAACCAGCGGGCGGGCCGCGCCGGACGCACGUCGGCGGGCAAGUGCUUCCGGUUGUACACGGCGCACUCGUUUGAGAACGAGAUGGAGGACAACACAGUGCCCGAGAUCCAGCGGACCAACCUGGGCAAUGUGGUGCUGAUGCUCAAGUCGCUGGGCAUCCACGACCUCAUGAACUUUGACUUCAUGGACCCGCCGCCUGCCGAGACGCUGCUGCGCGCGCUGGAGCAACUGUACGCGCUGGGGGCGCUCAACGACAAGGGUGAGCUGACCAAGCUGGGCCGCCGCAUGGCCGAGUUUCCUCUGGACCCCAUGCUGGCCAAGACGCUCAUCGCCUCGGAGACCUACAAGGUGUCGGAGCAGAUCGCCACCGUGUGUGCCAUGGUGUCAGUGGGCUCGUCCAUUUUCUACCGGCCAAAGGACAAGGCAGUGUUCGCGGACAACGCGCACAAGAAUUUCUCGCGCGGCGGCGUGGGCGACCACAUCGCGCUCAUGUCCGUGUAUGACGGCUGGGCGGAGAGCAACUUCAGCACGCAGUGGUGCUUCGAGAACUACGUGCAGGUCCGCUCCAUGAAGCGCGCUCGCGACAUUCGCGACCAGCUCGUGGGCUUGAUGGAGCGUGUGGAGAUUGAGAUGGUGGGCGACUCCAGCGAGCAUGACUCCAUUCGGAAGGCGAUCGCCAGUGGCUUCUUCUACCACACGGCGCGGCUGCAGAAGGACGGCUCCUACCGCACCAUCAAGAACCCGCAGUCGGUGCACCUGCACCCAAGCUCCAGCCUGCUGCAGCUGCUGCCGCGCUGGGUGGUGUAUCACGAGCUGGUGCUGACGUCCAAGGAGUUCAUGCGCACCGUGUCAGAGAUCAAGCCCGAGUGGCUGGUGGAGAUCGCGCCGCACUACUACAACAAGAAGGACAUCAUGGAGGACGCCAAGAAGAUGCCCAAGGGCAACAAGGGCCGCGCGGCGCUGGAUGCGGCGGGUGUGGAGUGAGGAGCGAGGAGGGAGGAGCGGAGCGGAUGGUGAGGAGGAGGAACCGGCACGAUUGAACUGCUGGCAGUUGAGGUGGAUUGCUUUGAUGCAGUUGGAACGGAGCACGGGCCGGGGAUGCCGCGACACACAAAUCACAUGGAGGAGGUUAACAGGAAGGAGUGGGGAACAAAUGGGCGGGGGUUGUCGUGGUCUUGGGUGUUGUGCCGAGACAAUGGCAGGGUGCUGCGGGGCCUUCCGGCGUCAUAGAAGGCCCCAGGACUCAACGGCCAAUGACUUUGAUGCAUUAUGCAAGCGCAAGAGGACUAUGAUCAUGAGUAAGGGGACCUCGAGGCCAAUCGCUUACGACACCCUGUCGAUCAAGUGCUAAACGGCGUGUUUGAAGUACCCGCGCUGUUGACGUGCGCUUUCAACACUGCUUCAUUACUCUUGCGAACGUGAGACCAAGGGACAAAAUUGUCGCAGU